AGAUGUCGUUUCGAAACAGAAACUGGAAAUGCUGCCGGGCAACGGCACUAUCGUGUUGGACACGGUCUGGGCCAUAAACCUAUCGGUGAAGUCGUCGGUAUCCGCGGACAGCUCCAGCAGUAUUAAGUCGGCGAUAUGUCGCAUGUACCAGAGCGUGGCGCGGUUGAUAAAGCUGUGCGAUGAUGUCCUGAUAGAUGAUAAAAGCGACGAGUUGGACAAGGAGAACGUGAAUGAAAUCGUGGCGCAAGUCGAGGAUGCUGUCAAGGAUCUCAUAAACCUAGCUCAAGAAAAAAUCUCGCACCAGCAAAUAACCUACAAGACAACGCCCAGGUCGACGUACGGCAACAGCAGCUUGGAGAUGCCGGCGCAACGAAACUCCCUCCCCGACAUACCGCUCACGCCCAGGGAGAGACAGAUCCUGGAACAGACGUCGUGCGUGACCCCCUCGAUGGUGCGCAGCAGCCACAGCACCGAGUCCAUCCUGAGGGAUUCUAGUCCGCCUCCGAAACCGCCGUUGCCGGAGAACGUGUGUCGGUCGGAUCCCAGCAGUUGCGUCACCCCCCCACCCUUGCCGCCUAAGAAGAAGAGCUUCAGGGCGCAUCCGUUCAUGGACGAGGGGUUCAGUGUGGACCAUUCGCCGAUAGCUAGUAGUUUAGAAAGGGUCUCGAUGCGGUCAAAAUCCCCAGAGGACUCAAUAUCCUUGCUUUCGGAGAGCGCCGGUAGCGUAGACUCCAUGUUAAACCACUCGUCGAGGGAGGAGGACGAAAUCAAGGCUCUAAUGGACGGCGAUUCCGACAUGAUGCUCGACAACCACACCACGGACAUUUUCGGGGCGAACGGCUCGAAUUCCUGGGAGGAAUCCUCGUUGAGUUCUAGCAUAUCGAACAGCAACAACGAGAGGCACACGUCCGUCAACGACUACCACCGUUUAUCCAACACCGAUUCCGGCAUCCUCUCGAUCCGUUCGAGCUACUCGAAACGGAGCUCCCAGCAGAGCUCGAUCAGUACGCAGUUCACGCAUCACAUGUCCAAGCACUCCUCGAAUGUAUCGGAGAUGGCGCAGUCCGAGAGCCUGCUACAGAACCUGCACAGGAGUUUCGAGAACCAGUUGUCGUUCAAGAAUUUCAGCCACAGCUCGAGCAGCAGCAGUUCCGUCGUCAUGGUCGCGAACGCCGGCCUGGGCAGGGACGAGCUGGAUUUCUCGAACGAGGAGAUCCCGCCCGCCAUCCCGCAGAAGACUAAAAGAAAGACUGAUAGGCAGCCCUCGCCUUACGAUAAUGUACCUGAUGAGAAGUUAGGCGAAUUACUGAUAACCUGUGAGAGACACCAGUCGCACCAAAGCUUGUCGAGCAGCACAAGCAUUGCCAGUACCCUCGAACAAGACGGCUGCAGACCGCCGCCGUUGCCGCCCAAGAAAAAGCACA